AUGCUUUUGUUGUGCAUCCUCAUCCUGCUGGCCUGGUGCGGGCCUGCGCAUGGCACCUGUGGACAGACCUGUGGGCUCCGGCCCAUGGGUACUACCUUCAGCUCAUCACGUGUUGUGGGUGGCACAGAUGUCAUGCCAGGGUCUGGGGCCUGGGCUGGGAUUGCCAGUAUCCGCUGCGUCUGGAAACCACCAAUAUCUGUGCAUGUCUGUGGAGGAACCCUCGUCAGCGCCAAGUGGCUACUCACAGCUGCCCACUGCUUUAGCAACAUCACAAAUCCCAUCAGUGAGUGGGCCAUCGUGCUUGGGGCCACCUCAUUGGGCCAGUCAGGCCCUGAUGUGGAAGUGCGCCGGAUUAAGCGGCUGAUCAUUCACGAAAAAUAUGUUCCUGGACUUGAGUAUAACGACGUUGCCUUGCUGGAACUGGACCGGGCAGUCCGGUGCAGAUCCUCCAUUCAGACCGCCUGCCUACCUGGUCCUUCAGUGAAAGUGUCAGAGCUGAGAAACUGUUACGUUGCUGGCUGGGGUGACAGAAUUGUGAAAUCUUCAGGCAGAGACAUCCUGCAGCAGGCCAAGGUCCAAGUCGUGGAUAACCAGCUCUGUAACAGUAGCGAGUGGCUGCAUGGAUACAUCUACGACUUCCACGUGUGUGCUGGGCAGGGCGGUGUUGGCACCUGCCAGGGUGACAGCGGAGGACCUCUUGUCUGCCAAGAUAAACGUGCUGGCUUCUUCUGGCAAAUUGGUGUGACCAGCUGGGGAGUAGGCUGUGCUAGACCUAAACGGCCUGCAGUCUCCAGCUCCACUCAGUACUACUACAACUGGAUCCGGACUACGAUGGGAAUAAGACCAGUACCAGCAGUUACUCCAGCACCAGCGCCAGCCUACACCUCAACCCCGCUGCAGACACUACCUCCAAGACCAACACAACCCUGUCCAUUUCCACGUGAAAAGCUGCUGCAAUUCUUUAAUCUGCUGAAGGACAUCUUGCAGUACCUAAAGGGAAAAAUAUCUUGA